UUUUGAAACCCUAAUUAUUAGUGGCAAAAAUUUCCGUCUCUCCUUCUCCACCUGCUGCGGCGAUGCAAGAGUCAAACUGAAAGAACUCUAUGGAAGUCAUGGAAGACAUAACAAAUGCAAAGAGGGGAUCAAAACUCGUCCAAGACUGGACUGAGCUGACUUGGGACUGUCUCAUCAACAUAUUCUCACGGUUGAGCAUGGAAGAAAGGUGGAAUGGACCUAUGUUGGUUUGCAAGACAUGGAUGAACCUUUGCAAUGACCCGUUGCUCAACUCGGUCUUCGAUCUUGAAACUUGGUUUCUAUCUUCCACCGAAACGUGCAACCGGUGGAGUUUCGAAUUUUCGGAACAAGUCGACUCAAUGCUCAUGUCUGUUGUUGAUCGAAGCAAGGGUGGUCUCAAAGAGAUUCGAGUGAGGCAUUGCACGGAUCAAUCUCUCUUGUAUGUCGCUGAAAGAUGCCCUAAUCUUGAGCUACUUUGGGUUAAGCAUUGCCCUAAUGUUACAGUUGAAUCGCUUCAGAUGAUAGCCUUAAAGUGCACUAAGAUCAUGGAACUUGAUAUGAGCUCCUCUUAUGCAAUAAGUCCACAGUGUUUGGAAAUGUUUGGUAAGAACUGCAAGAAUCUUCAGGUUGUGAAACGAAACUAUGUGUCUCCAUCUGAGGUCUCGAUGUUCGAGUCGUAUGAAAAUUACAUGGAGAAUUUCCCUACCUUUAUUAUAGGGAAUGUUUAUGUUCAUGCGAUUCAGAGUUCCAUGCAUCAGCUUAAGCACUUGGAAGUUCGAUACUUAACAAUGACUGAUAAAGCUCUUGCUAGUAUUUGUAAAAAAUGUCCAAAACUAGAGUAUUUGGACUUGUUCGGGUGUCCAAAGUUGACGAUGGAUGGUGUGAUUAACAGUACCUCGACUUUGAAGAAUUUGAAGGAGCUCAAGAUGCCGGAGUUUACAGCUUGAUAUUUCGCCAUUAAUCUCUUCUAUGGUUUUGUGUUAAUGCUAUUUUCUUUUUCUCCUUGGUUGCAUUUGAACAAGUCAGUUAACUCUUCUUUUGGGGAUUUCUUUACCUUUUGUUUUAAUUAGACAGCAAAUGAUUCUUUUAAUUUGUGAAGAAAAUGAUUGGAUUAAUAU